AUGAAGUUUUCUCAACUCUCUAUUGCUCUUUUUGCCUCUUACGCUAUGGCUGCUCCUCUAGCUGAAGCUGAUGCCAAUCCUGAAGCACUUGCCAAUCCUGAAGCUAUUGCUGAGGCUCACGCAAAUGCUGAUGCCAACCCUGGAAAGAAGUUUAAGAAGCUUAUUUAUGGUUGCAAUGUUUGCAAUAAAGGUACCAAUGUAAUUCCUUCUAUUGUUCCUACCACUGCAGUCACCGUUACUACUUUUUUCACCACUGCUACCCCCACCUUUACUACUGUUACUGGAACUACUCUUUUCACUUCAACCUCAACCUCUGCUGGUUCUUCUUCUACUAGUACCGUCCCUACUGCUACAGUGACCACUGCUACUACUACACCCGUUUCUACAGCCAGUGCCACCACAGCUUCAAGUGCUGCAACCACGUCUUCUAGUAGCUCUACCACCACCACCAAUGGUGGAACCACUACUACAAACAAUAUUUCCAAUUCUUCCAAUAAUGUUUCUAAUAACACUUCUAACAAUGUUUCCAACAACACCAACAACAACAGCAACAACAACGCUAACAACAAUAACAACAACAACGCCAACACCAAUAACAAUGCAAACACUAACCAAAAUGCCAACACUAAUGUUAACCAGAAUGUUAACUACCAGGAAAACUUCAACACUUCUUUUAAUGUUGUAACAGUUUACAUCCUUCCCAGUGGUGUUCUUUCUCUCACUCAGGUUGCUGGCUCCGUUCCUUUCAGCUACAUCAUCAGCAACGGUUCUUUAAUCGCUGCCUCACCUGGCUUCAGCUCUGGAGUUGUUGUUAUCAACAGCGAUGGAUCUCUUGGGGUUGUCCGUGGUGGUUCUUCCUCUGGUUCUUGGGUUUCUGAGGGCGGUUAUAUUACUCCUGGCGGUCGUACUAUCUAUGCUUGCCCUGAUUCCACAGGUGCUUACACUCUUUACUGCGAAUCUGCAUGCCCAGGUGGAAAAGUCGUUGCAUUCACCCCAGAUGGUACUUGCGGUAUCAAGAAGCAUUAA